CCGGGAAAGCUCAGUUUGUGCAGGAGGAGUGAGAUCUCUGAAGUCGUUGAAGUGUAAGGUAAAAUAUGGAGAAAAUCACAGAGAAGCUUCUGCUGGAGAAAUGCUCUCCAAAGACCAACAAGCUGGAGCAAAUCAAGACACUGAACCUAUCCAAGAUGGCUCUGAAGCAUCAGGAUUUGUCCGUCAAGCUGCUGUCCCGUCUUCAGUCCCUGGAGCGUUUGGAUCUGUCGGGAAACCGGCUGCAGGAGUUACCAAAGAAGCUGAAGCUGCCCGCGCUCCGCUACCUGGACCUCAGCGACAACCAGAUGGAGGACGUAACAACUCUGGAGUCUGUGUGUGGUGUUGAAGAGCUCAAGAUGGAGGACAACCUUUACAUCACUGUCAGCGAUAACUACAAGAUGAUGGUGUUGUUGCCCAACUUGAGGAUUUUCAACAGUAAAGAUGUCACAACCACGGCCAACCACGUCCGCUUCAUCUACAGCGAGAACCUGAGGACCAGGAUUGUUGCAGUUUGGGAGAAGAGCUUCAGCCUCCCUGAUCCCAUCACAGCAGAGAGCAUGUCUGCGUUGGAGACAAAGUUUGUCAACGUGGCCCGUCAGCAGGUUAAAUAUGGACCCAAUUCAGUCAGUGACUUCACCAAAUGGAGGGUGGAGAUUUUGGCCAAGGAGUAUCUGCUCUCUCUGACGGAACCAAAAGAUGAAGCCGAGGGGAAGGGGUCUAACAAAACUCAAGAGAACUGUUGUGCCUCAACACCUACCAAGAGGAGACAAACAGAUUCAGAGACAGAGGACAACAUCACACCUGGUAAGAGACCAUGUGCAGAUCUCCCAGCCUCCCCAGCUCCAGGCAGUGCUCAGAAGUCCAGGGUCCGCCCCAGACUUCAGGCGCUCCCAGCCUCCCCGGCUCCAGGCGGUGCUCAGAAGUCCAGGGGCCACCCCAGACUUCAGGAACUAACACAGACUGUGAGGAUGAGCCCUCGCAAAGUGGUUCGGCCUCCUUCUACCCCCACCAGAGGACAGAGGGGAGCGGAGUCUCCCAGAAGAGGCUCCAAAGUGGGACAAAGUGAAGAGGAUGAAGAGGUCUGCAAAAAAGAGUUUAAAGCCAAAGAGCUGCACACAGAGCCGGUGCACCUGAAGCCUCUCCACGUCCUCCAGUGUCACAGUAAACAGGACAACUCUGAGGAUUUCUCCACCCAGCUGUGGGCCUGUGCUUUCCAGCCGCUGCCAGAUUCAACAGGGGCCGGAGGAAGCCGUCUGGUUGCGACUUGUGGAGGAGACUCUCUCUGUGUGAUCGACUGUGAGACGGGGAUGGUGAUGAAGAAGUACAAAGUCCCUGGCGAGGAGUUCUUCUCCCUGGCCUGGUCCACAGUGUUGAUGUCCAGAGGGGGCGGGGCCUCCGCUCAGCACUGCAGCAUUCUGGCGGCCGGUGGUAAGAGAGGUCUGGUCAAACUGAUCCACCCCAGGAACAACGUGGCCUACGGGGAGUUCAGGGCGAGCCGCAAAGCUCUGUCCGUCCUUCGUUUCAACCACCACCAGGGAAACUUCCUGUUCACGGGAUCAUACGAUAACAAGAUAGUGAUGUGGGACAUCGGUGGAGUGGACGGCCAGUACAACUUCAAAGUAAAUCAGCUUCUGAUGUUGGAGGUCAGUGCCACCCCUCUGCACAUCUGCCUGCCCCCGAAAUCCCCAAACGUACACCUGCUGACGGCCUGUGAGGACGGCCUGCACUUCUACAACACGCAGCUGGGCACCACCAACAGCUCAAAGAGCAGGUCAAAAGAAAUGGAGAUAACGUUCCCGAUCUAUAAGAAGGAGGACAAAGACAAUGACUACCACACCAUCGAUGGCCUCAGUUUUCUCACAGAUGACAUAGUUGCCUCCAAGAACUACAUGCAUGGCUCCAUCUACCUGUGGAGCUGGAGCAGGACGAAGGCUCAGCGUCCCGAUAAGAAGAACAACGAGGUGUGUGCCGUGGUGUUGGCCGAGCUGCAGUGGGCCAGCACGGAGAUCCCGUACCUGGCUCUCAACACUUGUCCUGGCCAGGCCUACAUCGUGUGUGGAGAUGACAAGGGCAGGCUGUGGACCUACCACGUCACCGACCUGCAGAAAAACACUUUCCAGGCUGGAAAACCCGUCCUGCCUACUGAGGUGUUGGAGUGGCCGGCCCCGAUGAGGACGGGCCUCGGCCAGGUGGAGGGCCCCUCCAUCAACAGCGUAGCUAUGGACCCGGAGCUCAACUUCCUGGUGGCUCUUAGCGACAAGAACAUGGUGAUCGUGUGGACGAGAGACGAGUCAUCGUGAGCAACGUGAAGGACUGAGAGACUGCAGCUCAUGAGCAGACGACUUGAAGAUCUGCUGGUUUCAUGUAAACCUUCAUUUUUUUGUAGUCUGGAAAGACGAGUUUACCAAAUCUUGGUAUUUUGGAGGUUAAAUAGAAGGUGUUGAAGACUCAAUGAAAGUAACCUGAUUCUAAUCCCCUGUAAAGGGGAAAUUAACCUUUAUGUGCUCCCUGUCAGAGCAUGAACAUGAACUCUCAGGUUCACAGAAGAUUAGAGACGUAGGCAAAGAUGCUGCUUGUGUAAAGCAGCAUAGCCAAGGUGAUGAAAUGUUCACUUUGUGCCACAGAAUUAUUUGAAUUAGUUCUGUUUUAUGUGUCAACAUUUCAAAAACUUCAUUUAAGUCUACUUUAAAAACAAUUGGGCAUCAUUGGCAGCAAACAGAGUUAUAGUUUGACCUCAGGUCUUUUUGAAUUUUGGAUUUUGUUGUUUCAUUUCAUCGAUUUUCCAUUUUAAAUUUACUUCUACUUCUUAAAUAAAAACGCUGCUUUUAAAUAUUUGUCCAGAAACACAACUCCAAAAUAAUUUGUUUCGAGGCUACUGUAAAAAGUAAUUCAUAUCAGGAUUCUGUUUUCAUCUUUUAGUGCUUCCCAAGAAGAGAAGAAAAAAAUAACAAAAUCAGUGCCGGUUUAAUCGUGAACAGAAUUAAACGUUUCAUUGAGUCUCUCAUGCACUGUGAUAUGUAUUCUGUUUUAUUGUACAUAUUUUUAUUGUACAUAUUUUUUUAUGAAUAACUGAAUGUGCACAGACCUUGUCUACGUUUUUUUAGGCCAAUGUUUUGACCUCGGUGAACUUUUAAAUGUUAUAACAAUAAGGAGUGCAAACUCUCCUCUCUGUUAUUACUGCUGUGAGGCAUGAAGAGUAGAAAUGCAGCCUUACGAAAACAACUCUUCAUGUUAUGUAAAGUUGUACAAACAUCAUGUUUAAUAAAAAUAAAAAAAGUCUCGGCACA